AUGAAGACCUUUUCGCUCUCCAUGGCUCUGCUGGCCGCCGCCAGCAUGGUCACCGCCGAAAUCUCGGUUGGCCAGUGCGCGCGCAUGUGCAUCAACAACAUGAACGACAAGGCCUCCGAAUUGGGCUGCAAGAGCGGUGAUUUGGCUUGUCUCUGCAACGCCGACAACUACAAGUUCGGUAUCCGUGACUGCACCGCCCAGGCCUGCCCUGACGAUGACUCCAACGCUGUCGUCAACAUUGCUCUGAACGCCUGCCCCGACUCCAGCUCGGCUGGCUCCUCCACCGGAACCUCCACUGGCACUGCUUCCGACAGCUCUGCUACCGGUACCAAGUCUGGCGGUGCUGGCGCCGGCGCGACUGGCACUGAUGCUUCGGGUACUGCUACUGGCACUGCUACCGGUACCGCGACCGGCACCGACGCUACUGGCACUGGUGCUACCGGUACUGGAGCUACCGGCUCCGGCACCGCGACUGGCACUGCCACUGGCACGAACUCCGGCUCUGUCACCGGUACUAGCACCAGCGCUUCCUCCACUGCCACCGGCAGCUCCCAGACUGUAAGCUUUCCUCGGUUUGUGAUGUUAUACUCAUGCUAA